AUGACCUUAAUUGAUUCUAAAAGAUUACGUGACCGAGCUUUUUUUGUUAGUUAUGCUGGAGGAGUUCGCAGUAAGAUUAAAAUUUUCUCGCCCCAGUCAAGAUUAUUUCAAGUUAUGUCUAAUAACAAAUUUAUCACAUAUCCGGUUAAAAGAGACCUAAAUGUAGAAUGGGAAAAAUUUUCAAACAUGAUAACUCAUAAAGGAGAAGUCUUUCGGAAUGACUUCUCCAUUGAUAUAUACAAGCGAGAUGAGCAAAUUAAGAAUUGGCAACUUAGAUACAAACAAUAUGAUUUGUCCGAUAAAUUGAAUGAUUGGAAGAAUAGUAGACUUGACUCUAGAGAAUCUAAAAAUUUUCGAAGAGAGUUUAUAGGGCCUCUUAAAAGAGGCAGAGAACUUAGCUGCAUUUAUCUAAGUAUGGAAAUGAAUGAGUCUGCUGAUGAACUGUUAUGCGUUGAGCGCCAUGGAAAAAUCUCCAUGAAAGCAUUCAAUCCUAGACAAAGUAAAGUUGAUCUUUUUGUAACAACUGGUACCACAUUUUUAAAAACAUGGAGUCUGAGCGAGUCUGCGGAUGAGUGGAAAAAUGGAUAUAUUGAAUCGCCAGAAGAAAAAGAAUGCAUUCAAUUCAUAAAGAAGCAUCCUAAUGAAGCUGCUGCACUUAUCUUAUCCAAAAAUGAUAAUAGUUUUAAAAUAGUCUGGAGUUAAUGUAGCAUUCACUUCCUUUUCUUCUGCCCUUUUUUAUUUGUAUGGUAUUUUUCAAAUCAAAAAAUGAUGAGACUUAGUUAUAUACCACGAAAUGCAACGAAAUCCACCACCUUAAUUGUGAUACAACU